AUGGCUAAGGAGAAGAAGGGAGGAAAGAGCGAGGGCAAGAAGGCCAAGGCGGCAGAGAAGAAGCAGAAGGCGGAGAAGAAGGCGGCGAAGAAGGCUAAGGUCAAGAAUGCCAAGCAAGAAGGCAGCGAUGCCGAGGACGUGGACCUGGAUGCGGUUCUGGAAGAGUACAAGCGGCAGCAGGAGCAGUUCCUAAAGAUCACCGAGGUGGUGGCCGUGGAGCCGCCAAGGGCGCGGGCAGCGGCGAGUUUCCUGGCGUCGCCGGGCAACAGCAACCAGCUGCUGCUGUUUGGAGGGGAAUACUUCAAUGGGGCGCUGGCGACCUUCUUCAACGACCUGCACGUGUACUACAUUGACCGGGACGAGUGGCGGACGGUGACGUCGCCAAACACACCGCUGCCGCGGUCGGGCCAUGCGUGGUGUCGGGGUGGCAACCAGAGCGGCAGCGUGUUUCUGUUUGGGGGGGAGUUUAGCUCGCCGAAGCAGGGGACGUUUUACCACUACAAUGAUUUCUGGCGACUGGACGCAGCCUCGCGUGAAUGGACACGGUUGGACAGCGGUAGCGGAGGUGGUGGAAAGGGAAAGUCGCCGCCAGCACGCAGCGGUCAUCGGAUGACAUACUACAAGAACUACAUCAUCCUGUUUGGCGGCUUUCAGGACACGGCCAACCAGACACGCUACCUGGCAGAUCUCUGGAUCUACGACACGGCUAAUUUCAUGUGGCACUGCCCUACACUGCCGCCAGCCCAGCUGAAGCCUGACGCCCGCUCAUCCUUCACGCUGCUACCGCACGAACAGGGUGCUGUGCUGUACGGCGGCUACUCGCGCGUCAAGACAGCCGUGGGCAACAGACAGGGCGGUGGCGGCCAGCGCAUGGCCAUGAAGGCCGUCGUGCACCAGGACUGCUUCUUCCUGCGCAUCACGCCACCGGCAGCCGGGGCCGCACCAGGAGCACCGCCCCAAGUGCGCUGGGAACGACGAAAGAAGCCGGCCAACACGCCUGUCCCCGUGCGGGCUGGCACCACCAUGGCCUUUCAUCGCGGCCGGGGCAUCCUCUUUGGCGGCGUGCACGACGUUGAGGAGAGCGAGGAGGGUCUCGACAGUGAGUUCUUUAACGGCCUUUUUGCCUGGAACAUUGAGCGGAACCGGUUCUUCCCCAUGGCGCUACGCAAGCCGCGGACUGCACCCAAAAAAACGGCCGGAUUCGGUGGAGGAGCAGACGGUCAGCGGGUCGGCAGGCGGAAUCGUGCUGCAGCCAACGAAGAGGAGCUGUUGCGCCAGCUGGCCGCGCUCGAAGCGACGGACAAGAAGAAAGGCAGUGGCGGUAAUGAGGAAGACGAUGCCAUGGAUGUGGAUGGUGCUGAUGUUGCUGCUGCUGCUGCGAAAGCCGAAGAGGAGGCAGCGGUUGUGGUGCGGCAGAAGCCUGUGUCGAUGGAGCUACCACACGUACGCUUCAACUCGCUGCUGGCCGUGCAGGGUGACGUGCUGUACAUCUAUGGCGGCACGUACGAGAAGGACGACCGCGAGUUUACGUUUGACGAUAUGUACGUCGUCGAUCUCGGCAAGCUGGACGGCUGCAAAGAGAUUUUCAGUCGGGCUCUGGACGACACCUGGAUUGCGACCGGGCCCAAGAAGAUCUCACCGAGCUUGCGCAAGAAGGGCAAGACAGCCUCUGAGGCUGGCUCGGACUCGACGGCGCCGUCAGUGGCCAGCACAGACGACAUGGACACCGAAACCGAGGCUGACACUGCGGCCACGUCCGACGACGGUCUGCCAUACCCAAGGCCAUUUGAAUCCCGUCGCGACUUCUUCAACCGCACGUCCAACGAGUGGCAGGAGAUCCUCAUGACGAGCCUGCGCUGGAAGGGCAUCCAGCCGGAGUCACUAGCCAUCAAGGAAAUCAAGACCAAGGCGUUUGAGAUGAGCGAGGAGAAGUGGUGGGACUGCCGCGAAGAGAUCAACGCGCUCGAGGACGAACAGGAAGCUGCCGGCAUCGGCGAGGUCGUGUCGCUGGCCGACCGUGCAGGAGGCGGAAGCGGAGGCGGUGGAGGCAGCAGUGGUGGUGGAGCCCAACGCAGGAGACAUACGGUCCGUCACAUCACCAUGCCUGUUGGAAUCCAGAGGUUGAAUGCGCGGAAGUCGCAGCCGAAUCCACACAUUGUGUUCAUCAAGCCGCUCAAGGGACCGGAUGAGGAGGCAGCCCGCGACUUUCUCGAGCGAAUAGCAGCGCAAUGUGUGCCGAUCAUGCGGGAGAACCACCUCAGCGUGGUCACGCUGGAGGAGUACGAGCCGAACGCGUCGUUUGUCGGGCGCAACUUCAACGGCGGCGAGGUGAUCCAGCUGGUGCUCAAGGCGCGUUUUUCUGGCCGCUGGCUGCCCUUUCCGUACGUCCAGAUGGUCAUGAUGCACGAGCUGGCCCACUGCCGCCACAUGAAUCACGCGCGCGCCUUCUGGGCCGUGCGCGACACCUAUGCCGCCCACAUGCGCGGCCUGUGGGAGCAGCACUACACGGGCGAGGGUCUCUGGGGGCGCGGCGCGCGGCUGGACGAUGCGUUUGGCGAGCGAAACACGGCGCGACCGGACGGCGACGAUGACGGCGUGCUGCUGGAGCACCUCUGCGGCGGGACGUUUCGGUCGCGUGGCCGAGCCAAGAAGCGGAAGCCGGCCCUGACGUACCGCGAGCAGCAGGAGCGGCGGAUCCGGCGCAAGUUUGGCGAGAAUGGGAUGUCGCUGGGAGGAGACAUUGCAGCACGGGCACGACUGGAGGAAAAGACGGCCAAAAGCGUGGCCGUGAAGCCGCGGGUGGCCAAGAGCAAGCGCGGCCGGGACUUGCGGGCAGCAGCAGCACUGGCCCGGUUUGAGCAGAAUGCCACGGAGAAGGAGGUGAAGGAGGGAGAAGGUGACGAUAUCGCUUCCAUCAAGCGGGACGCAGACGAAGAGUCGUCCGACGACGACACAAAAGACCGGGACGCACCCGAUGCUGUAGAUAUUGACGGCACGCGCAUGGUGGACGGCCAGGGACGAGGAAUGGUGCGGGUAUGCGAGAUCAACGGUCUGGACGACGACGACGACGAGGCCGAUACCAAGAGGGAGUUGCGCGAACUGCUGCAGGGAUCGACGUGGGAGAGAAGUCCGAAAGUAGAGGAAGAGCCAGAAGGCGACAAGCAACAACAACAACAGCAGCAGAAGCAGCAGUGUCGAGAUGGCCAGAGACAGACGCCAACCGUCAAGUCGGAGCCGAAACAGGAGACCAGAGAACGGACGCUGAUGGGGAUUCCUCUGGCUCCUGCCCAUGCCCCUGCCACAAUCACCUCUGUCUGUCCCGUCUGCUCUCUGGCCAACGGGCCGCUGUCCGUCACCUGCGCCAUGUGCGCCCAUGUCCUGCUCUUCGAGGCUGACCCGGCCGCAUGGCAGUGCCACAGUGCUGUUUGCAGCAGCAGUGCGGACAACCGCUACAGAAACGCGGGCGACUGUGGCCUAUGCGGCGUAUGCGGCCAGCGGAGGGAGAGCAAGCCGGGUGGAUAA